UAUUCGGUUGCUGCGGUUUCAAAUUGAAAUUCAGCUUUGCAUUUAAUUAAUUUGGUGAGACCUUCCAUUGGCUUUGUGCAAAAUCAUUUCAUAAGAAAUCUCAAAAUAAUCAUGAAUUAUUCCAGCCUAACGAUUCUACUGCUAAUUGUUAUUGGUGUGCAUCAGAUGUGUACAGCCAACCCAGAAGAAGGACAAAUUGGUUCAAGGGUGUCGUUUACAGCAGAUGAAUUACGUCGCGCCAAAGGUAUGGGAAUAUCCCAUAUAUUCUUAUUCGUUCUAGGGAAUAUGGGUCUCAACAUUGAAAGAAUUAGCAGAUUACACAAUUUGUUGGGCGAUCAUAGUCGAAGGAACGAACCCAAGAUGAACGUUAUGACUGAAAUAUGCGAAAUUAUGGAUCAUACACACAAAACAUCAUCCAAUAGUACAAACGAUCACUUAGAGAAGUUAUUGGAUUUGUUAAAAUUAAUGGAAGAGUUCGAAGUUCUUGUUUUUCUGCGAUCGAAUGUUUGUGUUUACCUAAGUGAACCACAAUCGAAUAUAUUAAGCUCGGAGGGUUUCACGUAUGAAAAAUUGCGUCUCUUAAACGAGAAGGCUAAUAGUUCCACAGGCAUGAACCGUGUUCAUUUUGCGAAGCGGAUGUGCUGCGUGAGAAAAGGAGGAGACCUUGUACUUCGUACAGCAAUCAGCGAUUUAACUGACAAUGAAUCCAGAGAUUUGACUGACAAUGAAAUGAUGGAAUUCGAUGAGACUUGGAGGAAGUACGCUGGAUCGAAUUCAUUUCAAGACGUUUGCGAUUUCGUUGAAGUGAAACAUCGAAGCGACUACGAAUGCCACAUUUAACCUAUUCAUCAACGCACUGCAAGCAUGAGUGAUCG